ACACAUAACAGUCUGGUUGUAUCGUAUAUACAGUUCCCAUCUACGUAUGCUUGUUAACGAUCCGACUAGACGGCCAAGAAAUGAAGAAUUGCAUCCUCCUUGUCUUCGGCUUGUUAGCCCUAGCAACGGCAGCUAAACUUAAUUACACCGGGCACAAGGUGAUUCGUGUUAUUCCCGAGACUAAGGAGCAGUUGGAGUUCUUGCGUGAUUGGAAAUCAAGCAGUGAAAUCGAUUUUUGGCUGCUACCGUCUAGCGCGGGACGCUUUGCAGACAUUCGCGUUAGUCCCGAAUCGUACGCUCAUGUUGCUGCCAGAUUGGCUGACAUGAAAAUGAGCCAUAUCGUCCAUAUUGCUGAUGUCGGAGAACUUGAACGACAAGAACAACACAACAUGGCACAACGCAUUGCAAUCUUUAACGUAUUUCAACGUAUGCUGCUCCGACCUACUACACUGAAGCCCCCAUGUACUACUCGGCUCCAAGUUACUACACAGAGGCCCCAGUUUAUUACACGACAACUUACUCUUCUCCAAGCUACUACACUGAGGCUACCAAAUACUACGCAGCAAAGGCACCGGAGUAUUACACAACGACUUACGCUGCCCCAAGUUACUACACCGCAACUGGUCCUUCGUACUACGUGGAACCUAGCUACUACACCACAACUUAUGCUGCUCCGUCUUACUAUGCUGAGGCUGCUGAAUACUACACCACCAAGGCUCCCGAGUACACAACGUAUGCUUCGCCAAGUUACUAUACCCAAGCCCCAAAGUACUACACUACUACCUAUGCUGCUCCAAUUUACUACACUGAAGCUCCCCAAUCCUACACCACUAAGGCCACUGAAUACUACACUACUGCAGCCCCGGAGUAUUACCCCAAGAAAACUGAGUACUACACCACACCUUACGCAGCUCCAGCCUACUACACUGAGCCCCCAAAGUAUUACCAGACUGAGGCUCCGCAAUACUACACCACGAAGGCCCCCGAGUACUACACCAUAAAGUAUUCUGCUCCCAUCUACUACACCGAGGCACCCAAGUACUACUCAGCUCCAAGUUACUACCAAACUGAAGCCCCCAAAUACUACACCACAAAAGCGCCAGAGUACUACACCACCACUUACGCUGCUCCCAGUUACUACACCGAGGCUCCAGCCUACUACACAACAUAUGCAACCCCAUCCUACUACACUGAGCCACCAAAGUACUAUUAAUCGUUAAAAUUGUGUUGUCUAUCUAGUUCGAUGAAGUGUCAAUUAGAUUUUGUUUUAUCAUUGGUAGUCCUCGUUCCAAAUUAAGUAUUUCCUUGAUAUAUAUUUAUGCAUUCACCAGUCGUUCCAUAACAUUGUGGUUUCUCAAUGAAAUGUUGAAUACAAAUGUAUAUCGUUACCUAA